UUGAUAACAAUAUUUAUAAUCGGUGUUUGCAAUGUUGUUGUGUUUGGCCUACAAAUCGGUGAUUAUCCGGACAUUACUAAUACUACUGACUGUGGUAUCGGUCGUGAGUCGCAACUGAUGACCGACCGGUGCUUUGAAUGGCACAGUAGUCGUGAUUUAAUGAACACUUCCUCCUCCUUGUCCUCAAUAGUCAACGGAAGGGACGCAAAGAGGGCUGAAUUGCCAUAUAUUGUAUACAUCGAGGAGUGGAAAGACAACAAACUCAGUGCUMGAUGUACGGGAACUGUACUCAACCAGCACUGGAUACUGACUGCUGCCCACUGUUUUGAUGAGAGAKCCGACUCUACAUAUAAUAUAUAUGCGGGACUUACAGAUAUUAGAUAUCCGGGCAUUGAAUAUGGUAUCAAUAAAAUCAUUGAACACGAAAACUAUUGGCAAUCAGAGGAAGACGACAUAGCAUUGAUUAAUGUGAAAAUACCGAUGAAUUUCAGUGCAAACAAUGGUUACUAUUAUCGGCAGAUAAACGGUAUUUGUUUGCCGACUAUCGAUCACAACAACACUGACUACGAGUACGCCGUAAUCGCCGGUUUUGGUCGGACUGCCGGACAUGAAUGGAGAGAUCAGUUACAAAUGGGUUGGGUUCGCAUCGAUCCUAUUGAUCCAAACGAUCCAAAUGUUUUAUAUGCCGUCACAUAUCCGGAACCGCCUAACGGUUCUCAAGUUUGCAAUGGUGAUUCCGGUGGUCCACUAAUUCAGUAUACAAACGGUAGGGCUGUCCUAAUAGGUGUAACCGUUAGAACUAUACUACAAUUUGGAUUAUGUGUACGGGAACUGUACUAA